GUUCCCUCAGUGCGCCAGGUUUCCUCCAACUCCGGCUUAAAGUGGGCACUUCGUUCGCAGCCGCCGUUGGCACGGUGUUCGCCAGGGCGCACGGAGGCGCAGCAGUGCCAUGUACAAUCCUGACAAUGUGCAACUCCAACAACGGCCAGAAUCAGUCACGCUGAGUCUCACCGAGGGUCUAAGGAUGGGGACGUCUGGAAACGGCACCGUCUACCCCAACGGAUCCGACCCAUUUGCGAGAAACGAGGAGGUGGCCCAGAUCGAGAUCAUGGUCCUGAGCAUUACUUUUGUGGUGGCGGUGAUCGGGAACGUGAGCGUGCUGCUGGCCAUGUACAACACCAAGAAGAAGAUGUCGCGCAUGCACCUCUUCAUCAAACACCUGAGCCUGGCCGACCUGGUCGUCGCCUUCUUCCAGGUGUUGCCGCAGCUGUGCUGGGAGAUCACCUUCCGCUUCUACGGCCCGGACUUUCUGUGCAGGAUCGUGAAGCACCUGCAGGUGAUGGGGAUGUUCGCUUCCACCUACAUGAUGGUGAUGAUGACUCUGGACCGCUACAUCGCCAUCUGCCACCCUCUGAAGACGCUCCAGCAGCCCACCAAGCGCUCCCACAUCAUGAUCGUGUCCACGUGGAUGUGCAGCCUGGUGCUCAGCACCCCGCAGUUCUUCAUCUUCUCCCUGAGCGAGAUCAAGAACGGCUCGGACGUGUACGACUGCUGGGCCAACUUCAUCGAGCCGUGGGGCGCCCGCGCGUACAUCACCUGGACAACCGUGGCCAUCUUCCUGGUGCCCGUGCUCCUCCUCAUGAUGUGCUACGGCUUCAUCUGCCACAGCAUAUGGAAAAAUAUCAAGUACAAGAAAAGAAAAACGACGGCCGGGGCCGCGAGCAAGAGCGGGCUGAUCGGGAAGAGCUCGGUCAGCAGCGUCACGACCAUAUCCAGAGCCAAACUGAGGACCGUUAAGAUGACUUUUGUCAUCGUUUUGGCCUAUAUUAUUUGCUGGGCGCCUUUUUUCACAGUCCAGAUGUGGUCCGUGUGGGAUGAAAACUUCCAGUGGGAUGAGUCUGAGAACACAGCAGUGACUCUGUCUGCGCUCCUUGCCAGUCUCAACAGCUGCUGUAACCCAUGGAUAUACAUGAUCUUCAGCGGUCACCUCCUCCAAGAUUUCGUGCAUUGCUUCUCCUGCUGCUAUAAAGCGAGCACAGAUAAAAAAGAGGAUUCGGACAGCAGCAUCCGCAGGACGACGCUGCUGACCAAAAUGACCAAUCGGAGCCCGACAGGCAGCACUGGCAACUGGAGAGAACUGGAUAAUUCUCCCAAGAUAUCAGCCCAGGCAGAGUAAACAGUCAGUGGUAUCAACAUGCACAAGGAGUGUCAGCUUGACAUUCACUCCUGACACGAUCUACAAUGCCCCCAUAAAACUUAGAAGCUGUAGAAGCAAUCAAACGUUUUGGCAUGGAAAACACGAUGCACUGAAGGUGCACUGGAGCUUAAACAUUUGCAACAAAAAGAGACUAUAUGGACACAUUUUAUGUGACAACAUGCUCUUUUUUUCAUAUAUACUCAAUGUUGAGACAGAAAAUGUACAUUUAAUGUCCCUUUUUCUUAAAUUCAGUCACAAUUAAUGAAAGUUUAAGCAUGCUGCCAUUACAAUUUAUCAAGCACCAAACAUGUUUUUCUUCUCAGCGAUUUAAAAAGAAUUCCAGGAAUCCUGACACUUUCGCUGGUGGUUGUCUCUUCCUACAGCGGCAACAAACACCCUUUUCCUGUUUGAAUGUUUACAAAGGUGAAGGUCUGGAGCGGUCUGGAGAUGUGCGGUGAUAAAAUCAGCUCUUCCAGACCACUUGUCUCCAAGUAACCAAGGCACGCACCUCAUCUUUUGUGUUUGAAUUUCCAUUUUGGGGCAUGUCCUAGAACCACAUUUUAGUGGCUAAUAAAAAACAAAAAAAGGGAUUCAAGCCAGUGCUUUGACCUUACAAAACACCCAGUAACAGAAAAGGAACAUGAGUGAAGAAUAAUAAUGGAUUUGGAGUUAUACAUUUGCAUGUAUCCACAAUAUAACUUGGCCCGGGAGAUGUUUCAUGUUCCAGCGGCCAGUCUUUUGUGUGGAUCGCCACAUGAUGGCUUUCAUUUGUGGUUCAGCAGAGGUAAAUAGCAAAACACGCACACACAGAUGGUGAGCUGGGAGCUUUGAUGAGGUGAAACUGACCACUGUUGGAUGAGUCCAGCCAUCUUCACACGGGCCGUUCCCAUGGCUUUCGUUGGGGAAGAAGCUCACACAUUCCUCACAAAACACGUCAGUGCACUUCCCGAUUUUUUUUUUUUCAACAUCCUGCACCAUCGGGGGCUUUGUGUUUUGGCCUCAUUUGCAGUCAAGACAAAAACAAUUUCCUGUACAUUAAUGUGAUUUGCAGGACUAAAAAGCUUACCGGCUCCAAAAUAAAAUGUUGUAAAAAGACAGACUCUCUCUCUCUCUCUCUCUCUCUCUCUCUCUCUCUCUCUCUCUCUCUCUCUCUCUCUCUCUCUCUCUC